AUGUCUGGUGCAGCUCCACAAAACAACAGAGGUCCAAGAAGAAACGGUCCAAGAAGAAACAACAGACAAGGUCCUGAAGAAAAGGCUUGGGUUCCAGUCACCAAGUUAGGUAGACUUGUUGCUUCUGGUAAGAUCACUUCCAUUGAACAAAUCUACACUUACGCUUUACCAAUCAAGGAAUACCAAAUUGUCGACAAGUUAUUACCAAACUUACAAGAAAAGGUCAUGGCUGUCUUGUCUGUUCAAAAGCAAACUAGAGCAGGUCAAAGAACCAGAAUGAAGGUUGUUAUGGUUCUUGGUGAUGGUAACGGUCACGUUGGUUUAGGUGUUAAGGCAGCAAAGGAAUUAGCUAACGCAAUCAGAGGUGCUAUUAUCAUUGCUAAGUUAUCUAUCAUUCCAGUCAGAAGAGGUUACUGGGGUUCCAACUUGGGUGCUCCACAUACCAUUGCACAAAAGACUUCUGGUAAGUGUGGUUCCGUUAACGUUAGAUUGAUCCCAGCUCCAAGAGGUUCUGGUAUUGUCGCUUCUCCAAACGUUAAGCAAUUAUUGCAAUUUGCUGGUAUUGAAGAUAUCUACACCACCUCCUCUGGUUCUACCAGAACUGCAGAAAAUACCUUAAAGGCAACCUUUGCAGCUAUUGGUAACACCUACGGUUUCUUAACUCCAAACUUCUGGGCUGAUCACGCUUUACAAGCUUCCCCAUUAGACCUUUACGUUGAAAAGAAAUAA